CGCUGGUGGCCUAGAGCGGGGCCGGGUAUGGAGGUGGGCUAGAGGCCGACGCCAGCCAGAGAGCGGUGAGGGUAGCGGCGGGCUGGAGGCCGCAGGUCGGGCGGGCGUGAGCGCAGGCGCGGCUUGUGCUUGCAGGGUCGCGUCGGGGAACCAUCGCGGCGCCUAGGUCCCGGUGGGCGGAUGGGGGAAGAGUCGGCGCGGGCUCGGCCGCUUCCCUCGGUGCGGGGGCGGGAGCACCCCUCGACGGCUGGCGGCCGCCUGUUGCCUUCCUGCGCGCUGGACCCGGCCGCUGCGACCCCCUGUCCUUCCGUUGUCCACUGCGGUCUCGUGUGAGCUGUUUUUUGAAAUGUUCUUUUGGGGCCAGAGUCUGGGCAUAUAUGAAUGCAAAUCCGUGUUUGUUCACAACUAAGCCCAGCUGAGACGAUCACUUUUCUGUAGGCCAUUUGUCCAGGUACAGAAUGAGCACAUGUUGUUGGUGUACGCCAGGUGGUGCUUCCACCAUUGACUUCCUAAAGCGCUAUGCUUCCAACACUCCCUCCGGUGAAUUUCAAACAGCUGACGAAGACCUCUGCUACUGCUUGGAGUGUGUGGCUGAGUACCACAAAGCAAGAGAUGAAUUGCCGUUCUUGCAUGAGGUUUUAUGGGAAUUAGAAACCUUACGUCUCAUAAAUCACUUUGAAAAAUCCAUGAAGGCAGAAAUUGGAGAUGAUGAUGAGUUAUAUAUAGUAGACAACAAUGGAGAGAUGCCACUGUUUGACAUCACUGGGCAAGACUUUGAAAAUAAGCUUCGAGUUCCUCUUCUUGAAAUACUGAAAUAUCCUUACUUGCUUCUACAUGAACGUGUUAACGAGUUAUGUGUUGAAGCACUUUGUCGGAUGGAACAAGCCAAUUGCUCCUUUCAGGUGUUUGACAAACAUCCAGGGAUCUAUUUGUUUUUAGUCCAUCCCAAUGAAAUGGUUCGGCGUUGGGCUAUCUUGACUGCAAGAAACUUGGGGAAAGUGGACAGAGAUGAUUAUUAUGACUUACAAGAAGUUUUACUUUGCCUUUUUAAAGUCAUUGAGUUGGGGCUUUUAGAGAGUCCAGACAUUUAUACUUCUUCUGUCCUAGAGAAGGGUAAACUGAUUCUUCUGCCCUCACACAUGUAUGAUACUACCAACUACAAAAGCUAUUGGUUAGGUAUUUGCAUGUUGCUGACCAUUCUUGAGGAACAAGCCAUGGAUUCCCUGUUGUUGGGCUCAGACAAACAAAAUGAUUUUAUGCAAUCGAUACUUCACACUAUGGAGAGGGAAGCAGAUGAUGAUAGUGUGGAUCCUUUCUGGCCAGCGUUACACUGUUUUAUGGUGAUUCUGGAUCGGCUUGGAUCUAAGGUCUGGGGUCAACUUAUGGAUCCUAUUGUGGCAUUUCAAACCAUUAUCAACAACGCAAGCUACAAUAGAGAGAUCCGACAUAUACGGAACAGCUCUGUAAGGACCAAGUUAGAACCGGAGUCCUAUUUGGAUGAUAUGGUGACUUGCAGCCAGAUUGUAUACAAUUAUAAUCCUGAAAAGACCAAAAAGGAUUCUGGAUGGAGAACAGCCAUUUGCCCAGAUUAUUGUCCUAACAUGUAUGAAGAAAUGGAAACAUUAGCCAGUGUACUUCAGUCAGAUAUUGGUCAAGACAUGCGUGUUCAUAACAGCACAUUUCUGUGGUUCAUCCCUUUUGUCCAGUCCCUCAUGGAUCUUAAGGAUUUGGGUGUGGCUUACAUAGCACAGGUUGUUAAUCAUCUGUACUCUGAAGUCAAAGAAGUCCUCAACCAAACAGAUGCUGUGUGUGACAAAGUCACUGAAUUUUUUCUUCUAAUUUUGGUAUCAGUGAUUGAACUGCAUAGAAAUAAAAAAUGUUUGCAUUUGCUGUGGGUAAGUUCCCAGCAAUGGGUGGAAGCCGUCGUUAAAUGUGCCAAACUUCCUACCACUGCGUUUACACGGAGUUCUGAGAAAUCAUCUGGAAAUUGCUCCAAAGGAACAGCAAUGAUAUCAUCACUGUCGUUGCAUUCCAUGCCAUCUAACUCUGUACAACUUGCUUAUGUGCAGCUGAUUAGAAGUCUCCUUAAAGAAGGUUAUCAGCUUGGGCAGCAGUCUCUUUGCAAGCGAUUCUGGGAUAAGCUCAACUUAUUCCUUAGAGGAAAUUUAUCUCUAGGUUGGCAGUUGACUAGUCAGGAAACCCAUGAGCUACAAACUUGCUUAAAGCAAAUUAUUAGAAACAUAAAAUUCAAAGCACCUCCAUGUAACACUUUUGUGGAUCUGACUUCUGCAUGUAAAAUCUCUCCUGCAUCUUAUAAUAAAGAAGAAAGUGAACAAAUGGGGAAGACGUCUAGAAAAGAUAUGCAUUGUUUGGAAGCUUCCAGCCCAACAUUUUCUAAAGAACCAAUGAAAGUGCAAGACAGUGUAUUGAUCAAAGCAGAUAACACUAUAGAAAGUGACAAUAAUGAGCAAAAUUAUAUAAAGGAUGUGAAACUAGAAGACCAUCUCUUAGCUGGGUCAUGCUUAAAGCAGAGUAGUAAAAACAUUUUUACUGAAAGAGCUGAAGAUCAAAUUAAAAUAAGUACAAGGAAGCAGAAGUCUGUAAAAGAGAUCUCUUCAUAUACACCAAAGGAUUGUACUUCAAUAAAUGGUCCAGAAAGGGGAUGUGACAGAGGAAUAAUAGUAUCAACACGUUUGUUGACUGAUUCUAGCACUGAUGCUUUGGAAAAAGUGUCCACAUCAAAUGAAGAUUUCUCUUUAAAGGAUGAUGCUCUUGCUAAAACCUCAAAACGAAAAACUAAGGUACAGAAAGAUGAAAUCUGUGCAAAGUUAUCACAUGUAAUAAAGAAGCAACACAGGAAGAGUACUUUGGUCGAUAAUACUAUCAAUUUAGAUGAAAAUUUGACUGUAUCUAACAUUGAGAGUUUCUGUUCAAGGAAAGACACAGGAGUUCAGAAAGGAGAUGGUUUCAUACACAAUCUUUCUUUAGACCCUAGUGGUGUUCUGGAUGAUAAGAAUGGAGAACAAAAAUCUCAAAACAAUGUAUUGCCAAAAGAGAAACAAUUAAAGAAUGAAGAAUUAGAUAUUUUCUCUUCCCGUGAAAACAAUUGUAAAAUACAGGAAUUUCAUGUUGAUGAUAAAGAAUUGAUCCCUUUUACAGAAAUGACCAAUACUUCAGAGAAGAAAUCAUCUCCCUUUAAAGAUCUUAUGACUGUACCUGAAUCAAGAGAUGAGGAGAUGAGUAAUAGUACCAGUGUGAUUUAUUCUAACUUGACAAGAGAACAGGCCCCUGACAUCAGUCCUAAAUCUGACACCUUAACGGAUUCUCAGAUAGACAGAGACCUUCACAAAUUAUCUUUACUAGCUCAAGCCAGUGUUAUUACGUUCCCAUCCGAUUCACCUCAGAACUCAUCGCAGCUGCAAAGGAAAGUAAAAGAAGAUAAAAGAUGUUUCACAGCUAACCAAAAUAAUGUUGGAGAUACCUCCCGUGGACAGGUUAUUAUUAUUUCAGAUUCUGAUGAUGAUGAUGAUGAAAGAAUCCUGAGUCUUGAGAAACUCACUAAACAGGACAAAAUAUGCCUUGAGAGAGAACGUCCAGAGCAGCACGUUUCAACAGUUAAUAGUAAGGAGGAAAAGAAUCCAGUAAAGGAAGAAAAGACAGAGACUCUUUUUCAGUUUGAGGAAUCUGAUUCUCAGUGUUUUGAGUUUGAAAGUUCAUCUGAAGUGUUUUCAGUUUGGCAAGAUCAUCCAGACGAUAAUAAUUCAGUUCAAGAUGGUGAGAAAAAAUGUUUGGCUCCUAUAGCCAAUACCACAAAUGGUCAGGGUUGUACAGAUUAUGUAUCUGAAGUUGUUAAAAAAGGAGCAGGGGGCACUGGAGAACACACAAGACCACGGAGUAUUUCUGUUGAAGAAUUUUGUGAAAUUGAAGUAAAAAAGCCUAAGAGAAAACGAUCUGAAAAACCAAUGGCUGAAGAUGCUGUGAGGCCUUCAUCUUCUGUCAGAAAUGAGGGCCAGUCUGAUACUAAUAAGAGAGAUCUUGUGGGAAAUGAUUUUAAAAGUAUAGAUAGAAGGACUUCAACUCCCAAUUCACGUAUUCAGAGAGCCACUACGGUUUCACAAAAGAAGUCUUCAAAGCUUUGUACUUGUACAGAACCCAUCAGGAAAGUUCCAGUUUCUAAGACCCUUAAGAAAACUCAUUCAGAUGCCAAAAAAGGACAGAAUAGAAGUUCAAAUUACCUAAGUUGUAGAACAACUCCUGCUAUAGUGCCGCCAAAGAAAUUUCGUCAGUGUCCUGAGCCAACUUCAACAGCUGAGAAACUUGGCCUGAAAAAGGGUCCUCGUAAGGCAUAUGAGUUGUCCCAGCGGUCUUUGGAUUAUGUAGCUCAAUUACGUGAUCAUGGCAAAACUGUUGGAGUAGUUGAUACCCGAAGAAAGACUAAAUUAAUUUCUCCUCAGAACCUGUCUGUCAGAAAUAAUAAGAAACUUCUGACUAGUCAAGAACUUCAGAUGCAAAGGCAGAUCAGACCCAAAUCACAAAAAAAUAGACAAAGACUUGCUGAUUGUGAAAGUACAGAUGUUAAAAGAGCAGGGUCACAUACAGCACAGAAUUCUGACAUAUUUGUACCAGAAUCUGAUAGGUCAGAUUAUAAUUGUACAGGAGGAACUGAGGUACUCGCCACCAGUAACAGAAAACAGUUAAUAAAAUGCAUGCUGUCUGAACCAGAAACCAUAAAAGCAAAACAUGGGUCUCCAGCAACUGAUAAUGCUUGCUCUUUGAACCAGUGUGAUUCUGUAGUGUUAAAUGGAACAAUACCAACAAAUGAAGUAAUUGUCUCUACUUCAGAGGACCCUCUGGGUGGAGGUGAUCCAACAGCACGUCAUAUAGAGAUGGCAACUUUGAAAGAGGGAGAGCCUGACUCCAGCAGUGAUGCAGAGGAAGACAACUUAUUUUUAACCCAAAAUGAUCCUGAAGAUAUGGAUUUAUGUUCACAAAUGGAGAAUGACAAUUAUAAACUCAUUGAACUAAUUCAUGGAAAAGAUACAGUUGAGGUUGAAGAAGAUUCUGUAAGUCGGCCUCAGUUGGAAUCUUUGAGUGGCACAAAGUGUAAGUACAAAGAUUGUCUUGAAACCACAAAAAACCAGGGUGAAUACUGCCCAAAACACUCUGAAGUGAAAGCAGCAGAUGAAGAUGUAUUUCGUAAACCUGGCUUGCCUCCUCCUGCAUCUAAACCUUUGAGACGUACCACUAAGAUUUUUAGCUCAAAGAGUACUUCACGAAUUGCUGGUCUUUCUAAAUCUUUGGAAACUUCUUCAGCACUUUCACCGUCUCUAAAAAAUAAGUCAAAGGGGAUACAGUCGAUUUUGAAAGUACCACAGCCAGUUCCCCUCAUAGCUCAGAAGCCAGUUGGUGAAAUGAAGAAUUCGUGCAAUGUUCUUCAUCCUCAGUCUCCGAAUAAUUCCAACAGGCAAGGUUGCAAAGUUCCAUUUGGUGAAAGCAAAUAUUUUCCAUCUUCCUCUCCAGUAAACAUUCUUUUGUCAUCACAGUCUGUCUCUGACACCUUCGUUAAAGAGGUCUUAAAAUGGAAAUAUGAAAUGUUUUUGAACUUUGGUCAGUGUGGGCCCCCUGCAAGUCUUUGUCAGUCCAUCUCAAGACCUGUGCCUGUCAGAUUUCACAAUUAUGGAGAUUAUUUUAAUGUUUUUUUCCCUUUGAUGGUAUUGAAUACUUUUGAAACAGUGGCACAGGAAUGGCUCAACUCUCCAAAUAGAGAGAAUUUCUAUCAGUUGCAAGUACGAAAAUUUCCUGCCGAUUAUAUAAAAUACUGGGAGUUUGCAGUUUAUCUGGAAGAAUGUGAACUGGCUAAACAGCUUUAUCCAAAGGAAAACGAUUUGGUGUUUUUAGCUCCUGAGAGAAUAAAUGAAGAGAAGAAAGAUACAGAGAGAAAUGACAUACAAGAUCUCCAUGAAUAUCAUUCUGGUUAUGUUCAUAAAUUUCGCCGCACUUCAGUCAUGCGUAAUGGGAAAGCUGAGUGUUACCUUUCCAUCCAGACUCAAGAGAACUUUCCGGCCAAUUUAAACGAACUUGUGAAUUGUAUUGUAAUCAGUUCUCUGGUAACUACACAAAGGAAGUUGAAAGCCAUGUCUCUGUUGGGUAGUCGGAACCAACUGGCUAGAGCUGUUCUGAAUCCAAACCCUAUGGACUUCUGUACAAAAGACUUACUGACUACAACAUCUGAGAGAAUUAUUGCGUACUUAAGAGAUUUCAAUGAAGACCAAAAGAAAGCAAUAGAAACUGCAUAUGCUAUGGUGAAACACUCACCAUCAGUUGCCAAAAUCUGCUUGAUUCAUGGACCACCUGGAACAGGAAAAUCAAAAACUAUUGUUGGCCUCCUCUAUCGUCUACUGACAGAGAACCAGAGGAAGGGGCAUUCAGACGAAAACUCCAAUGCCAAAAUCAAACAAAACCGUGUCCUUGUGUGUGCACCUUCCAAUGCAGCUGUUGAUGAACUCAUGAAAAAAAUUAUCCUUGAAUUCAAAGAAAAAUGUAAAGACAAGAAGAAUCCUUUAGGAAACUGUGGAGAUAUAAAUUUAGUACGACUGGGUCCAGAAAAGUCUAUUAAUAGUGAGGUUCUAAAGUUCAGUUUGGACAGCCAAGUAAACCACAGAAUGAAAAAAGAGUUACCUUCUCAUGUUCAGGCGAUGCAUAAAAGAAAGGAAUUUCUAGAUUAUCAGCUGGAUGAGCUUUCCCGGCAGCGAGCUCUAUGCCGAGGUGGACGGGAAAUACAGAGGCAAGAAUUAGAUGAAAACAUUUCCAAAGUUUCUAAGGAAAGGCAGGAACUUGCUUCUAAAAUUAAAGAGGUUCAAGGACGCCCACAGAAAACACAGAGUAUCAUCAUCUUAGAGUCCCAUAUCAUCUGCUGCACGUUGAGCACAAGUGGUGGUUUACUACUUGAGUCUGCUUUCCGUGGGCAAGGGGGUGUCCCCUUCAGCUGUGUCAUUGUUGAUGAGGCUGGACAGUCUUGUGAAAUUGAGACUCUUACUCCACUCAUCCAUCGCUGCAAUAAGCUCAUCCUAGUAGGAGAUCCUAAGCAGCUCCCUCCCACAGUCAUCUCUAUGAAAGCACAGGAGUAUGGCUAUGACCAGUCAAUGAUGGCUCGCUUCUGCAGACUGCUGGAAGAGAAUGUAGAACACAACAUGAUCAGCAGGCUGCCCAUUCUACAGCUCACUGUUCAGUACAGGAUGCAUCCAGACAUAUGCCUCUUCCCUUCUAAUUAUGUUUAUAACAGAAACUUAAAAACAAAUAGACAGACAGAAGCCAUUCGAUGUUCAUCAGACUGGCCAUUUCAGCCAUACCUUGUGUUUGAUGUUGGAGAUGGUUCAGAAAGACGGGAUAAUGACUCAUAUAUAAAUGUUCAAGAAAUAAAACUGGUGAUGGAAAUAAUUAAGCUUAUUAAAGACAAAAGAAAGGAUGUUAGUUUUCGAAACAUUGGCAUAAUAACUCAUUACAAGGCCCAGAAGACGAUGAUUCAGAAGGAUUUGGACAAAGAGUUCGAUAGAAAAGGACCAGCAGAAGUAGAUACUGUGGAUGCAUUCCAGGGUCGGCAGAAGGAUUGUGUUAUUGUUACAUGUGUCAGAGCAAAUAGCAUGCAAGGUUCAAUUGGAUUCCUGGCAAGUUUGCAGAGAUUGAAUGUCACCAUCACACGAGCCAAGUACAGCCUUUUCAUCCUCGGACAUUUGAGGACCCUGAUGCAACUUCUUCCUAGGAGCUUUUGUGUACACGUGAACCAUUCGCCUUUUUUCAGCCCAGAACCCAAGUAUCUGCACUGGGCUCUCAAGGAAAACCAGCAUUGGAAUCAGCUGAUUCAGGAUGCUCAGAAGCGUGGUGCCAUUAUUAAGACCUGUGACAAAAACUAUAGACAUGAUGCAGUGAAGAUUCUGAAACUCAAGCCUGUGCUGCAGAGAAGUCUCACUCACCCUCCUACCAUAGCCCCAGAGGGGUCCAGACCCCAGGGUGGUUUGCCCAGCAGCAAGCUAGACAGUGGAUUUGCCAAGACAUCUGUUGCUGCUUCUCUAUACCAUACACCCUCUGACUCCAAGGAAAUUACUGUUACUGUUACUUCAAAGGACCCUGAAAGACCUCCUGUUCAUGACCAACUUCAGGACCCACGACUGCUGAAGAGGAUGGGCAUUGAGGUCAAAGGAGGAAUAUUCCUUUGGGAUCCACAACCCUCGAGCCCCCAGCAUCCUGGAGCAACACCUCCUACGGGCGAGCCGGGCUUCCCUGUCGUUCACCAGGACCUGAGCCAUGUACAGCAGCCCGCUGCUGUAGUGGCUGCUCUGAGCAGCCACAAACCUCCCGUGCGGGGCGAACCUCCAGCUGCCAGUCCCGAGGCUUCCACAUGUCAGAGCAAAUGUGAUGACCCGGAAGAGGAGCUCUGUCACAGGAGAGAGGCCAGGGCUUUCAGUGAAGGGGAGCAGGAGAAGUGUGGUUCCGAGAGCCAUCACACCAGGAGGAACUCUAGGUGGGACAAGAGGACACUGGAGCAGGACGACAGCAGUUCCAAGAAAAGAAAGCUUUUAUAGGAAAGCCCAGUGACAUGGGCCAGCAGCCACAGCAUAUUGUAAACUGAAGAUGACCAGCUCGUGGGACCAUCUAGAUAAGCUUGUUUUUUGUAAGGAGUUUGUGUGCUGUUGGAAAACAUGGAAAAUGCAUCCUUAACACCUGAGCCUCUGGUCAUCUUCAGUAUUUUCUGUCAUUUGCAAAAGCUUUCAGAGGGCAUUGUGUAUCCGUAAUAAUGUCCUUGAAGUCAGAGACUGGAAAUGUUGAUCUCUUAGUCUUCUAUAGACAAGGAGGUCAGACUGGAGUGAAUAUUGUAAAAGUUGAAAUGUAUAUUUGUAUAGCAAAUAACAAAAUCCUUUUAAAAUUUAA